AUGGAGGCUAUAACCUGUAAUGGAUCAGUGGACUCCUUGCCUAUCUUCUACCUUAUGGGUAUCCCCUCUCUGCCAAAAUCCCUCUUACUGCCUAUCUUCUUUGUCUUUCUCCUCCUCUACCUGCUCAUUCUGGUGGGUAAUGCCCUGAUCUUGCUGGCCAUGGUGGAGGAGCCUAGCCUCCACAAGCCCAUGUACUUCUUCCUAACUAACCUCUCUAACUUGGACCUCCUUUUCACCACAACCACCAUCCCCAAGAUAUUGUCCCUGCUCCUACUUGGGGACCACUUCCUCAGCUUCCCUGCCUGCUUCCUGCAGAUGUACCUCUUCCACAGCUUCUCCUGCUCAAAAGCCUUCAUUCUGGUGGUCAUGGCCUAUGUCCGCUAUGUGGCUAUCUGCUGCCCACUACACUACCCUGUCCACAUGACCCCACAGACCAACGUUGCACUGGCAGCCAGUUCCUGGUUAAUUGCCCUCCUCCUGCCCAUCCCAGCAGUUGUACAGACCUCCCAGAUGGCUUUUGACAACACUGGCCACAUCUAUCACUGCUUCUGUGACCACCUGGCUGUGGUCCAGGCCUCUUGCUCUGAUACCAUGCCCCAAACCUUAAUGGGCUUUUGCAUCGCCAUGGUGGUGUCCUUCCUUCCCCUUCUCCUGCUGCUUCUUUCCUAUGCCUGCAUCCUGGCCUCAGUACUAUGCAUGAACUCCCAAGAAGGACACUCAAAAGCCUUCUCCACCUGCAGCUCCCACCUCAUGGUGGUCGGCACCUACUACUCAUCCAUUGCCAUAGCCUACGUGUCCUACAAGGCUGACCUGCCCCUCUACUUCCACAUCAUGGGCAAUGUGGUGUAUGCUAUUCUUACACCUGUUCUCAACCCUCUCAUCUACACCCUGUGA